AUCAUCAACUGAGCCACGCCUCCUCGGUGGGCGGGGCCUGUAUCCCGGAAGUGAGCCGUGUGAACAUAGAGCCAUGCAGGAGGAUCCAGGCCCCCGCCGCUGCUUCCUUUGCUCGGCGCCCGCCCCUUACCGCUGCCCUUCCUGCCGGGAGAGAUCUUGCUCCCUGCCCUGCUACAAGAAGCACAAAGAACAAUGUACCCCCAAAGUAGACCCAACCCUGCCGCGAGAUGUUCCCCAAGACGAUCCCAGAACAAAACCAUCAAGUGCGGAAGGAGGCUCUUUUGCUGUGGAUGACAUCUUGACCGAAGAUGACGAAGGCGACAAGGUCCCUCUCCAUAAGCUCCAGCGCUUAGGGGGAUCCGUGGAACUGGGAGGCCUCCUGCGCAACCCACACCUUCGCCAAUUGCUCCUCCGUGUGGACGGGGCCGCGGACAAGAGUGCCCUUCUCCGGGAAUUCAUGCAGGAGCCGCUCUUUGCAGAGUUUGCCGACUGCUGUCUGCGGAUUGUAGAACCGCCACCGCCCGAGGAAGAGGAAGGAGCCCUCGAGUGAGAUCUGCGACUCAGGAAUCCAGAAGAGCCCCCUUUGCAAACGUUGCGAGUUCUAGGCUACCGAAAGCAGAAAAUGGCCACCGAUUUGAGGAUCGUCUCCUCUCAUGGCAUAAUUGGAGAUGGGACACUGUGUUGACGUUUUCGGGUCACAAUUCCUAUCAGUCUUGACCACUGUGCUGGGAGUUGUAGUCCAACCAGUCUUCAUUAUUGAUUGCUGAGAAAAAUGUACAUUUUUUGGAUUUUUUUCCCCCAGCCAUUCCUGGGGAAUCUUGGCUCCCACUAAAGGUGAUUAUUUCUGAGAACUCCUACCCAACUUUUGUUGCAAAUGUAUGCCUUUUGUUGAGAAACCUCUUCGUUCCCAGGCACUAUUUCUUAAACCCAGAAAGGGAAAACACACUUAGAAUCCACCUGAAUUCUCACAACCCUGUCCUUAUGGCUGAGUUACAACUCACUGAGCUUGUUUUGAUUCUGUUUCUAUACAAAACGGUGGCAUCCAUUAUGAAAUCAAUAAAGUUUAUUAAUUUGUGA